CAAUGAGUCUACACUUCAUCCCCCGGAGAAAGCAGAAUCCUCCACACAGGUGCCCCCGCUUAAUAAACCCAGCAUCAAAGCUCCGCGGCUAAGAAGCCCGGUGAUAAUCCAGCGGCCCCGGAAGGUGGGGGUGGUCCCGUCCUCUGAAAUGACUGUACAUGUGGGGGUCCCGGCUCUGCUGCAGAAACCCAUUGCUAGUUUGGAGCUGAGGUGUGAGGCCCUGGGGAACCCCGAACCGUCUCUGACAUGGACAAAAAACGGCAAAGAGCUGCACUACAACAGCAGAGUAGGCCUGUUGUCCUCCGGCUCACUGAGGAUCCAGUCUCCAAGCAAGCCGGAUGAGGGUCUGUACACCUGCACGGCCAACAAUCGUCUUGGAACAACAUCUCUUUCAUCUUUGCUGCAGAUUACAGGUGGCAAAGGAAGAAGCUGUGUCCAAAGUAAUGGCAUUGGAGCAAAUGGGCCUAUCUGCUCUGAGAGGAGCAACAGCAGCCAGUCUGCAGAGCUGUGCCACGGACAGGCCUGCCCCCUCAGGUGGCGGAUGGACCCCUGGUCACCGUGCUCAGCCAGUUGUGGAGGGGGGGUCCCAGAGCAGGAGUGUCCGCUGCCUGAAGGGUCCUGAGGGCCGAUCGAGAGAGGUGGAGAGCCGGCAGUGCCUGGGCAGCGGGAGGAGACCCUCCGACAGCCGGCCCUGCAACCAGCUGCCCUGCGCCCGGUGGGCCUCCACCAGCUGGGGGGCCUGUCAUGGUCAAUGUGUGGGUCCCAGUUUGGCUACACAGCACCGCCAUGUUUACUGCCAGGACAUAAACACCACCAAAGUCUCCUACAGGAUGUGCAGUGGACUCCAGAGACCCGUCUCCCUGAAGAAUUGCUCCACAGAGGCGUGUCUACUCCACUGGCGCGUGGGGCCCUGGACGCCGUGCACCGCCACCUGUGGACGGCACGGCUUCCAGUCCCGUCAGGUGAUCUGCGCGCACCGCAGGACAGGGAAGGCCACGCGGGAACAUCACUGCAUGUGGAGGCCCCGCCCCCCCAGCUGGCAGCGAUGCAACAUCCUGUCCUGCGGCAGAGCCGGAGAGUGUCGGGACAGCACGAGGUACUGUGAGAAGGUCCGGCAGCUGGAGCUCUGCACUCUGCCUCAGUUCAAGAGCCGCUGCUGUCAUUCCUGCAAAAACACCUGAGGAGGGCGAGGGGGGGUUAAGACGAGGGCCAGGGACGACCUGGAGAAGUCGGGGACGGCCAACAGAGACUUAAAACCUGGACGCCCCAUCCUCACACCCACAGCUGUGUCCAGUGGUCAGCGCUGGAUGUGGACACCUGAGGAACAAUUGGAUGGUGGUGAUCCACUUCCCUCAAAGAAAUCAUGUGUGGGUUUGAAUUUUCCAAGAUGUGAGAGGAGUGACCUUUGAUGAAGUUUUACUUCUUUUUAAAUCUGACGCUCAUGAAGCUUUUCUGAAUUAAGCAAACGUAACGUAUGAUACAUUUCCAUUGUGAGUGAUUGAAACUGCUGGUGACUGCGUGGUAUCAUAAAGGGGAACUCAUAAAUCACAUUCAAAACAAGGUUUAUUGACAAGUAGGUUAUUCAUAUACAACCUGGGAUUUUCCAAGUCACAAAUAACAGUAUAUAAAAAAUACUGGUAGUUUCAGGGUAUUCCUCAAAUAAUUUCACAACAGUUGUGCAAUUAGGCCUAUAAACACAAAUGUGUAAUUCAUUGACUUUUUGUUCAACUAUUGACUUCUGGGUAGCCCUCUGAGCUUCUGAUAACCACUGGAUAGUUGUGUGUUUUGCCUUUAUUGCAAGGGUGUCCAGAACAGUGUUGAUGAAAAAGUUUGAUGCUAAAUACAUUUGUAAUAAAGAGUUGUGGGUAAACUCUAAACACAGCCUAAUCCUCUGAAGGGAAAUGGCUGUCAUAAUAUCUGAUCAUGGUACAAAUGGUAUCAUCCGCAUGGGAAAAUAUUAGGUAAUCUAGCACACGUUGUUAUCCAUCGGUCGGGUCAUUCGGAGGGCAAAGGAAGUAUGAUUUCAGAAGUUGUAGCUGCAUGUUUUUCAGAAUAAAAAGUACAUUUUUAUCUUGCAUGGGUUGCACUAUGGACUGAAGCAAGUCGAAUUUUAUGAGAAAUACACAUUUAUAUUGCACUCAACUCAUCCAAGUCUUUGUUCAGAACAUUGCUUGCGGAGUUCUUUUUAGUUUGUAAAGUUACAUUGUUUAUAUAUUUUGUGAUUUUGUUUUGUAUUUCUCGUUAAAAUAUUUGUUUAAAUGUCCCUUUAACCACUUUGUGAACAGGGUGUAACUGUUCCUCCCCUCCAAUUAAACCCCAUUUUUUUAGUGUGACAUUUAAGGAAAACGGUUUCAAUUGAAAGACCUUAUGUCAUUUCUUUGACAGAUUUCAGUGUUGAUUGAGCAUAACUCUGCGUUAUAUUUCAAUAUCGGUUAAAACAUUAGGGAGCUUUUUUAAAGAUCAUUACUUGUGCCAGAUCGGCAGGGUUUGCACUUUCUGACUUUUCCCCCCGAGUUCCUUGAUGCUUCAUCAUCAGAUACCUUCGCAUGUGUGGUAAUUUGAUUUUGUGAAAGUAAAAACAUGAAAAACAUAUGACCUAUUCUAUUAAGUUAUGUAGAUAUUUGGUAUGUCCUUUUAACUAUUUAUUUCCAUGUGUGUUCUUGUGCAUAGUUUUGUAAAUAAUUGCAGGGGUGGGUUUUAAGUAUUCAUUUUCCAACCGUUUUUGGGGUAUUUCAUGUGCAUGCAAUAGGGACCCUCUGCUGGUGAACUGAUGUAUUGCUUUCUGCUCAUGCCUGGUUUAUCAUUUAAUAAAGCCAAAUACAUUCCUUUUA